AUGAAGCGUAUUAAUAUUCCAACAUCAACCAUAGGGUGUCUAUUAUUAUUUUUUUUGAGCUCUCAAAAUGCUCAAUACGAAUGCAUGAAUAUAAAAGGUUCAUCAAAUAAUGCAAGUGGAGACAAGACAAAUUUUAGCGUUCAAGAUGGAAAAUUAAAUACAAAAUGGAGUGACAGUGGAUAUAGUUUUAUGGAUCUCAUAAAAAAUGGCUACGUGAAAAAUAAAGACUUAGAUGAUAUUAAAGAUGACCUAGCUUCUGAAUUAGCUACAAAAAUCCAAAACACUGUAAAAAAUUAUAUAAAAGAAGACAAUGAUGAAGAUGAGUUAAAUGAUGAGGAUAUAAAAAAUUUGAAGAUUUAUGUAAAGGAAAUUUCUGGAUAUGUAGGUUUAAAAGCAGCAGACUUAUUAGAUAAAAAUUUAGAAAAUGCUCUUAAACCUCUUAUAGAAAAUAAAUCAGAAAGUAAAUUAAGUAACGAAGGAACAAGCAGUUUUAGAUUUAAUAAUGAAAUUAUUGACGAUGAAGACCCUGAAGAAGAAAUUGAUCAUUUUGCAGAUGAAUUAGCUGAUGAAUAUGAAGUUAAGCAAAAUGAAAAUUUAGAACAAUAUGAAAAUUUAGAUCAAUACGAAAAUUUAGAUCAAUAUGGAAAUUUCGAUCAAUAUGAAAAGGACAUAAACCCACAUCAUUAA